ACUUUUACCGGUGUUGCGAAAAACGCCGGAAUGGCCGCUCUCAAUGCUUCUCUCUGGUAUGUUUAAACUGUGGCGAUAUUUGAACAUUUGAAUUUACAGUUUCAUUAAUUCAUUCUUCGUUAUCCCCUUCUUCGGUUAUACCGGACGCUGUGAAUUUCAAGUUCAUCUUCCUUUGUAGUACAAAGUUUGUACCAUUUGUACCAGAGAAAUCUCAAAUCAGUAAUCAACAUUAGAAGACGAGAUGAUCAACGUGGGGCUUCCGGAAGCUACUUCCUAUUUCUGGAAGCAAAGCAGAAUGGCAACGUAUGACAACUGGCCCUUCAAUAAAUCCGACAAGUGUAACGCCGAACGAAUGGCAGCUGCUGGAUUUUAUGUUGUUGGAGACAAUAGUGAGCCAGACUUGGUCGAAUGCUUUAUUUGUGGCAAGCAACUCGAUGGUUGGGAACUGGACGAUGAUCCAUGGAGUGAACAUGAGAAGCAUCAAUCAAACUGUCUGUUUGUUCAAUUAAACAAGCAAAAUGAAAAAGAAUGGACAGUGGAUGAAUUAUACAAUCUAUUUAAAAAGUUUAAAACAAAAGAAUAUAUGGACUCAGUACAAAAAAGUAUCACCAUACUGAAAGAUGAAACGGCACAUUUAAUGAGUGAACUAUCUGUAAACAGAAUGUCAAAAAAUAAAAGGAGUACCAGUUAAAUGUUA